AUGUUGCGCAAUUUACAACAAAUUAGGAAGUUGAGCAAAACUGCUACUGAAUCUUCUUCUGGUUCAGUAUUGAAAUCAAAGAAAUGGGACGCGCUGGUGAUUGGUGGAGGUCACAACGGCCUAACUGCCGCCGCCUACCUUGCUCGAUCGGGUCUUUCCGUCGCUGUUCUGGAGCGCCGCCACGUUAUCGGCGGAGCUGCCGUCACUGAGGAGCUCAUUCCGGGCUUCAAGUUCUCCCGCUGUAGCUACCUCCAAAGCCUCCUCCGUCCUUCCGUCAUAAGAGAACUGGAGUUGGGAAAACAUGGACUGAAGUUACUGAAGAGGAAUCCGUCAUCGUUUACGCCUUGUUUAGACGGCCGCUAUCUACUUCUUGGUCCUGAUAAGGAUCUAAACCACGCAGAAAUUUCUAAGUUUUCCAAGAAGGAUGCUGAGGCUUACCCAAGGUAUGAGCAUCAGCUCGAGAACUUCUGUAAGUUCAUGGAUGUCCUUAUAGAUACCCCUCCACCUGAGACUCUUCAACGUGUGUCAUCUAUGCAAACUCGAAUGAAGGAUAAGUUGAACAAGUCAGCCUUUUGGGCUCAUUGCCUGCGCAGUGCGGUUUCCAUGGGCCAAAAAGAGCUUGUGGACUUUAUGGAUCUGCUGCUGGCUCCUGCCUCGAAGGUUCUAAAUAACUGGUUUGAGGCUGAAGUUCUGAAGGCAACGCUUGCAACAGAUGCAGUCAUCGGAAGCACGGCCAGUGUCCAUACACCUGGGAGUGGAUAUGUUUUGCUACAUCACGUGAUGGGAGAAACUGAUGGUGAUCGCGGGAUUUGGUCGUAUGUUGAAGGUGGGAUGGGCUCAGUGUCUUUAGCUAUUGGUAAUGCUGCGAAAGAAGCAGGGGCUACAAUAUAUACUAAUGCCGAGGUCUCAAAACUAAUGAUUGAUGAGUCAGCCAGAGUACAUGGGGUUUUGCUAGCUGAUGGAACUCAAGUAGAGUCUUCUGUUGUUCUAUCCAAUGCAACUCCAUAUAAGACGUUCAUGGAAUUAGUGCCACAGAAUGUGAUACCAAAUGAUUUUCUUACUGCGAUCAAAUAUUCUGAUUACAGCUCUGCAACUACCAAAAUCAACUUAGCAGUGGACCAAUUGCCACAAUUUCAGAGCUGCAAGAUCAACUAUCCUGAUGGUGGUCCUCAGCAUGUUGGAACCAUCCACAUCGGUUCAGAGAGCAUGGAAGAGAUUGACACAGCAUGCCAACAAGCUGUAAAUGGUUUUCCGUCUCAGAGACCUGUGAUUGAGAUGACCAUACCCUCUGUCUUGGACAAGACUAUCUCUCCCCCGGGUAAGCAUGUGAUAAACUUAUUCAUCCAGUACACACCUUACAAACCCUUAGAUGGCAGCUGGGCAGAUGCUGGAUAUAGGGAAUCGUUUGCACAAAGAUGUUUUGCCUUGAUUGAUGAAUAUGCUCCUGGCUUUAGCUCCUCAAUUAUCGGAUACGACAUGUUGACUCCACCAGAUCUUGAGAGAGAAAUUGGUUUGACCGGAGGGAACAUCUUUCAUGGUGCCAUGGGAUUGGAUUCUUUGUUUCUUAUGCGCCCCGUUAAAGGAUGGUCAAAUUACAGGACUCCGUUAGAAGGUCUUUACUUGUGUGGAAGUGGAGCUCAUCCUGGCGGAGGUGUGAUGGGUGCUCCUGGACGUAAUUCUGCUGGUAUUGUGAUUCAAGAUUUGAAGGAGAUGGCGUAG